AUGAGGCUCGUGUCGUACAUAGUGGCCAGGAGAGAUACUGUGGGAUACGACGUUUUCGAAGACAACAGUAACGUUCUGGCUGCCGGAACCGACGCCGAUGAUGACGAUACCUCAUGUCACCUGCGCUAUCAGCAGUCUACGUACAGCGUCUACGCCAGGUUUGUAGCAAAGGAUGAUAGUGAGAAGAACAUCUACCUGCUGGGUAGGAAGACACAGUUCCUCGUCACGCACCUGGUGAAGGACCUCCUGCGUGUGUCCGACAGCCGCAUUGCCGCGCUGCGAGAUGGAUACGUCGAGGGACAGAGUCAGGGACGCACCGAGAUACAGGUUCUCAGCCCCCUGACGGGUCGCGUCAUCGGCGCGCGCGAGCUGCGCGUCGGCAACGACAAGGUCGCCGUCGCCUCGCUGAGGGUCAAGGUCAUCUCGGGCAUCCUGCUGACCCUGUACCCGGACCACGACGUCAAGGACACGUACGUGGCACGCAGUGCUGUGCAGAGCACUCUAACGAGCAAGUACCAGGAGGGGCUGCUGGACGUCCACCUGCUGUUUUCGGACGGCACGGACACAGCGUUGACCGAUGUGCCGGACAGCAACUAUCUGCUGAACGUCGUCACCAAGGACAAGGGCGUCGUCGAGUUCUCAUCGAUGCCCUAUGACAGCUUCCCUCGAGUCAUCGCAGUCGGUCCAGGUAAGGGAGAUCUGCUGCGUGUUUCUGUCGAGCUGGGAGACAUGUGUCUGCGUCGACGCUCACCUCCGCUCGCCGCCACCGCCACCUACGUCGAAGUUGACUUCAGCAAGGCAGCGGCGGCGCGCGCCUACGAUGGUGGCGCCCUCAUGGAGCUGCAGAACGAUGGCCGCUUCCUCGCCAGCAACCAAGCGAGCGUUCGCGAUGACGAGCCGUUCCACAAAUACCGCGCAAUCGGCAGCGCCCCCUACACCGAUGAUGAGAAGAAGCCAGCGGCGGCGGUGGCGGCCGGCGCCGACGGGAAAUCAGCGCCGAUGCGGGACGAGCGGCGCCCCCUGCUGACGCGCUCGCCGUCGUUCUCACCGCUCGAGAUCGGCAUGUACGUGCUGCUCGGCAUCUUCUGCAUCGCCAUCGUCGUCUUCGUCGUCAACUGCGUCGUGUUCGCGACGCGCUACCGCCGCAAGCGCGUGCCGGCGCGCGACACCGUCUCGGACGCGCCGGACUGGGUCUACGUCGGCCGCGCGACACUCGAGCGGCAGUCUGUCGUCAUUGACCCCGGCGCGACCCUCAUCCGCCAGUCCGACUUCAACGGCAACGCGGCCGGGGGCGGCGGCGGGGGCGACAUCGACUCUGGGCACGUGACAGAGACGACGUCGAACAACAACAGCAACCGCAACAGCACGCACUCGUACCAGGGCUCGGAGAUCAGCAUCCGGCUCACACCGAACCCGCAUCCCAGUUGCCGCAGCGACGGCGGUGGUGGCGGCGACGGCGUGCAGUGGGACUACGAGGCAAUGGGACUCACCUACGAUCAGCUGAAGGACUACUUUGACAACCUCAAGGAGUCAAAUGCGUAACGCGCACACCGCGCCGCUGCCAGGAGGUGUCGUCGGUGCCACCAGAUGGCGCCCCGACUGACCGUCGCCACCGCCGUGCUUUGCCAGGCAGGUCGUCAUGGGAACUGUAGCCGGGCAUGGCUCUUGGGUGGUUUUGCGCCUUAGUCGAUCAGGCAGUUGUGAUGUACGGCACUCACCAGGGGGCGCUAGGUAUGGCACUGCCGGCUACAGUGGCGAUCGGACCAUGACCUGAUGUAUCAGUGCUGCAUCGGCGGAGGUGACGACGGAUGCCUAGUUCGUUAGAGGAGACGAAUAGCAAUGCCGUCACUCCAGGAGCGACACGAUGAUUAAUAGCUGCCACGGCGCAAGCGGGAUCCAUCAUCUCCUGGCAUCUCUCCCAUCCUGGGAUCUCUCCCAUCCUGGGAUCUCGCCUAUCAUGGGAUCUCUCUUAUCAUGGGAUCUCUCCCAUCCUGGGAUCUCUCCCAUCUUGGGAUCUCUCCCAUCCUGGGAUCUCCUCCAUCUUGGGAUCUCUUCCAUCCUGGGAUCUCUUCCAUCCUAGGAUCUCUCCCAUCCUGGGAUCUCUCCUAUCAUGGGAUCUCUCCCAUCCUGGGAUCUCUCCCAUCCUGGGAUCUCUCCCAUCCUGGGAUCUCUCCCAUCCUGGGAUCUCUCCCAUCCUGGGAUCUCUCCUAUCAUGGGAUCUCUCCUAUCAUGGGAUCUCUCCCAUCCUGGGAUAUCUCCCAUCUUGGGAUCUCUUCCAUCCUGGAAUCUCUCCCAUCUUGGGAUCUCUCCCAUCCUGUGAUCUCUCACAUCCUGGGAUCGCUCUUAUCAUGGGAUCUCUCCCCUCCUGGGAUCUCUCCUAUCAUGGGAUCUCUCCCAACCUGGGAUCUCUCCCAACCUGGGAUCUCUCCCAUCUUUAGAUCUCUUCUAUCAUGGGAUCUCUCCCAUCCCGGGAUUUCGCAUCUUGGAUGCAUGACGUAGCGCGACAUGGUGUCUAGUAAUCGCUAGAGUUGUCACCUGUGCUUGCAACGUGCGGCCCGCGCGUACGUACGAUGACUGGCUCCGAUUCAAUGCUCGAACCGACGUAGACAAACCAUCGAAAUCAGUAAAUCUUAAAACACUGAAAAGAUUAAAUUAGCUACUGACAUUGAGUUUUCCGCCGCCGCGAACCACGAUGGGCGAGACAAACAAGAGAGCACUUGGGUGGUGCAGCUACUCGGAGGUCUGCCCUCCGUCCCUCUACCUUAAGUCGCAAGGAUGUAUGAAAUGCAGUCUUAAUACCUAUCUAACGUACGCAACGUGUCGGUUUUUCAGAAGGUUGCUUCAAGGUCACUGCGGAGGUCGUAUCUCUAUAUAUAUUUAUUUAUUUAUCGUGCCGUGCCCUGCACUGAAUUUUAUGGUACUACAUACAUAUACAUAUACAUGAAAAUAUAUACGCAGUAAAUUUAGCGUAAAUUCAACUUUUUAUGAACUCUUGUUCUAUCAUCGAUGACAGGAAUCUGUGUAAUUAAUUACUAGUUGUUAAUUGGGAGAAAGUUUGCCGUUAAUAUAGUGUUAUCAUACGUUAAUAUAGUGUUAUCAUACGUGUGAGAGAAGUCGUGUGCCGUGCAACGUUUGAGAGCACGGCGUGCCAUUAGUUGGAGUGGGCGUGGGGGCAGAGAGUACGCGUGUUCCACAGAUACGAAUGAACGAUUGCAGGACUUUCACUGCGUAUGUCGAUUGUUCGCGUAUCGGAAGUGGAUUGGUCGCCGUGGUUCCGUCGUGUCGGACGGAUGGCGCGGUGUGUAGUGUCCGCGUUCGUCGACGUUUAUAGCGGCGGGAACCGGUAAUGUUAUGUACGGCGAUCACACACCGUGUAUUUGUAAUUUCACUCGUGGUUUCACCUGCGCGACAGAAACUGCUGCUUAACGGUGUAACUGUGAGCGUGAAACGUCCUAAGCUGGACCAGACCGAGAGUCCCAGAGAGCACCUCAUAUAUCUCACUUCAUGUCCCUUUAUAGAUCAGUGAGAGAGUUUUGUUCACACAUUCGUUGUUGACGGCGAUAUAGCAUCUAAGUAUCAGUCACAGGUCUACGCAUGGAAUUUUAAAAUGCAUUUCUCAUUUCAGAUAGCCUCCUCUAACAGCUAUAGUGUAGGAAGCAACGGCGUAUUUUAAUUGUCACACACACGCACGCACACACGCUCUUUUACAUUUUCAAUGUUCGAAUGUUGUGGUUUUGCCGCAUUCUGAGCGUAAGAUGCAUGCAUACAUCUAUAACACUAGUGAUUUGGCUUUUUUACAGCGCGUACGUGUAGCAUAUAAAGGGCGCUAGGGUUGCAGUGUUCGUGUGCGUGUGUAUCGCUGACAUUUUCCUCACACAUCACGCGCACGCACGCACGCACGCACGCACGCACGCACGC